AUGGUGGCCUGGAACUCCGUCGCCCCUGACCCGGACCUGUUCUGGCGAUUCUUCGCCCGUCUCAAAGCCACGGCCCGCAGCCUCCAACAAUGGAGCUCUCGUGUCAUCAAUAAUAUCACCACCCAGCUCGGCGUUGCUCGCGAGCUUAUUGCACGGUUUGAUGCGGCCCAGGAUUUCCGGCCUCUCACUCCCGCCGAGGUGUGGCUGCGACGCGAGCUGAAAUGCAAAUACCUUGGGCUCGCAUCUCCCGAGCGCUCUAUUGCGUGGCAGCGCAUUCGCCUGUGCUGGCUCAAGGAGGGUGAAGCCUCCGCUGCUUUCCCCAAGAUCCACGCGUCUCACCGUGCUGGCAAGAACAACAUCUUCGACCUCACUGUCGAUGGGCACCAUGUCUCCGGCGACGAAAAUCUUGCUCAGGCUGCUUUUGACCACUUCUCUUCCAUUCUUGGCGGCCAGGACGCUCGAGGAUUUACUGUUGAUCUCGAUGCUAUGCACCACCGCUCCUUCGACUUAUCUGAGCUCGAAGCGCCUUUCUCACCCGACGAGAUUCGGGAAGCCAUCAAGAAACUUCCCUCUGGCAAGGCACCGGGCCUCGAUGGAUUUAGCACGGAAUUCCUUUGCUCCUGUUGGGAUGUUAUCAAGCAUGAUCUCUGUGACGUCUUUGACAAGCUGUACGCCCUGAACGGACGUGCAUUCCAGAGGCUAAACGAGGCUCUCAUUACCUUGAUCCGUAAGAGACCAGACACGGCUUCCAUGUUCGACUACCAGCCCAUUAGCCUCAUUCACCUCAUCGGGAAGCUCUUCACCAAGGUUCUUUCUCUCAGACUGGCUCCUCGGCUGGGCGAGAUGGUUUCAUCCAAUCAGAGCGCCUUCAUCGCAGGAAGGAGUGUGCAUGUCAACUUCAUCCUAGUCCAGCAAACGGCGAGGCAACUACACAGGCUCGGGCUCCCUCGUGCCCUUCUCAAGCUGGACAUUGCUCGCGCCUUUGAUUCGGUCUCCUGGCCCUUCCUCCUUCAGGUUCUGGAACACCUGGGCUUUGGUCCUCAUUGGAGAGAGUGGAUUUCCAUCCUCAUCUCCACGGCCUCCACGAGGGUCAUGAUCAAUGGCACCCCAGGCCCCCCCAUCGCUCACCACCAAGGCCUCUGGCAGGGUGACCCAGUCUCCCCGAUGCUAUUCACUCUUGCCAUCGAUGUCCUCAAAUCUCUGCUCCAACAUGUGGUCACCACUGGCACCAUCCGACGCCACACAGAGCAGCAGGCCGCUUCGAGCGUUUCUCUCUUUGCGGACGACGUGGUCAUCUUUUGCCACCCUGAUCCCUCUGAGCUCUCCGCAGUCAGUGGUAUUCUGGACUUCUUCGGGUCCGUUUCCGAUAUACGCACCAACUUCGCCAAGUGCUUGGCUGCACCGGUACCAGCUUCCCAGCUCCAGCCCAUCAUCGACAAGCUGCUCCGCAAGCUGGCAACUUGGAAGGCCGCUCUCCUCUCGCGUGGAGAGCUCCUGGCCCUGGUCCGGCAAGUUUUAACAGCCAUGCCCGUGCAUAUUCUUCUUGCCAUGUCGCUCUCCCCUCCUAUUCUCAAGAAGACGGGCAUCUCUCUGCGCGUCAGAUGGCUCUGGCUAUCUGCUUCUGACAGUUCGCGCCCUUGGUCCCAUCUUCAACCGCCAACGGACCCUGAGGCACUUCAAUUCUUCCGGGCCUCGACCUCAUGGAUCCUCGGCAACGGCACUUCCUGUCGCUUCUGGACUGAUAAGUGGAUGCAAGGCCGCUCCAUCCAGGAGCUUGCCCCGAGCCUGGUGGCCCUGGUGCUGAACCGAUCGCGCCGCUCUCGCACGAUCGCGGCCGCCCUCCUCGAUCGCACCUGGAUCAGAGACAUCCAUGGCUCCCCAGGCCCAGAGGCCAUGCUCCAGUAUGUCGAUUUAUGGCGCAGACUCCAGUCUGUCGCUCUUACCACAGAGCCUGACAUCAUCCGCUGGAAGUGGACGGAGGAUGGCGAAUACUCUGCUGCCUCCUGCUACGAUGCUCUUUUCAUUGGUUCCACGGCGUCCGAACACUGGCGCAUUGUCUGGAAAACCGGCGCCCCCCUCUCGGUCAAGUUUUUCACCUACCUUGCAUCCAUCAAUCGCUGCUGGACGGCCGACCGGCUCUCUCGCCGCGGGCUUCCGCACAAACUGGCCUAUGUGCUUUGCUCUUAG